AUAACUUAUUUUUAUUUAUUUUUACUAAGUAAAACGUACAAAAACAAAUAUUAUAAUAAGACGAUAAAACAUUCAAACAUUCAAAAAACACUAUGGCUUCCAACAGGCUAUCAAUAUGGACAAACUUUGCCCAUCAUUUCCGCUGUCAUCUAGCCCACGCCGUCUGCCCACUGUCAGGUUGUCAUCUAGCCCACAUCGCCUGCCCACUAUCUUUUUGUCUGUGAGUGCCCGACAAACACCCAUGUUCUCCUACAGCAAGCAACCGUGGGACUCAACGUUCGUAUGCUCCCUCUCCGUUCAGCGCCCUGCCUCCCAAGGCCCAAAGCUCAGCCGUUGCAAAACUCAGGCGCAGUUCUCCCCCAUAUCUCACGGCUUGAUUCCAAGCACGGCAAUAAACCAUGGGUCACCACCACCUUCUGCUCUGUGAGCUCCAAGCCCGUAAGUAGCAAAACGGACUGCACCAGUGAGCUCCUUUUUGCCGAACGCAGAGUUGCAAAAGACUGAAACUCACGGACUGCACCAUUUGAGUUCCAAGUUUUGAAGUUUGAUUCCAAGCUCACGGGUUGCACUAGUGAGCUCCUCUGUCAACGCAAGCACAGAUCGCAUUUGAUUCCAAACGGACUACACCUCAUACUUCUUCAAGCUUAUUGAACCUGUGAAAUCGCUGAGGGCUAGCGACGGAUCGUGAUGCAUGCACGACGGCUCAAGGCAAACAUCCUCUUCUUUCCAUCUCCAUGCACGUCUCCAGUGUUUCUCCAUGUUGCAACGCAACAUUUCGCACGCCGUGGUCCACACCCAGAGAGGUCUCAAAGUUGGGGUUUGGAUGUAUGGGACUGAGUGGAGCCUACAAUUCUCCUCUCUCUGAUGAGGAUGGAAUCUCAGUAAUAAAGUAUGCUUUCAGUAAGGGAAUCACUUUCUUUGAUACAGCCGACGUUUACGGGCCUCAUACUAAUGAAAUUCUGCUUGGGAAGGCCUUGAAACAAUUGCCAAGAGAGAAAAUUCAAAUAGCCACCAAAUUUGGCAUCGAAAGACUGGUAUUUUCUGAUAUGGUUGUGAAUGGUAGUCCCGAAUAUGUUCGCUCAUGCUGUGAGGCUAGCUUGAAGCGCCUUGAUGUGGAAUAUAUUGAUCUGUAUUAUCAGCACAGGGUAGACACAAAAGUACCUAUAGAAGAAACUAUUGGUGAACUUAAGAAACUGGUAGAAGAGGGAAAAGUCAAGUAUAUUGGUCUAUCUGAAGCCAGCCCUGACACAAUAAGGAGGGCACAUGCUAUCCACCCAAUCACAGCUGUACAAAUGGAGUGGUCACUCUGGGCUCGUGAUAUCGAGGAAGAGAUAAUUCCACUUUGCAGGGAACUUGGAAUUGGAAUAGUUCCAUACAGUCCUCUUGGUCGUGGCUUUUUGGCUGGCAAAGGAGUUGUGGAAAGUUUGCCCACAAAUAGCAGCUUGGCCAACCAUCAUCCUCGGUACCAAGGAGAGAAUUUGGACAAGAACAAGAUCAUUUAUACUCGGAUAGAAAGCCUUGCUAGAAAGCAUGAAUCCAAUCCUGCCCAGCUAGCAAUAGCAUGGGUUCUCGAACAAGGGGAUGAUGUUGUACCUAUACCUGGGACAACCAAGAUGAAGAACCUGGAUAACAAUAUUGGCUCUUUUAAGGUCAAACUUACAGGAGAAGCUCUAAAAGAGAUAUCUAAUGUUGUACCCAUCGAAGAGGUAGCCGGUGGUAGAAGCUAUACAAACACAGAUCAUUUAGAAUGGAAGUUUGCCAACACUCCACCAAAGAAAUGAUCCUCAUUACUUACACUUCAGUUAGCAGCAUGCUUAUGUGAACAUUUUGAGAAUGAUAUUAGUAUCGUUUAUCUUAUAUCAAAAGUUAUUAUUAGAUAUUUCAAACGUUUGUUCUUCACUAUUUUUAAGGAUCUUGCAGAACUUUGUGUGUA